AUGUACACAGCUUCUGUGAGUUUCAUUCAGUCGUUCAAAAAUUAUAGUUAUCCCCUUGAGAUUUCCGUUCGAAUGAAUUUUAAGACAAUUCAAUACAUUUCUGUUGCCCAUUCUCAAGUUUAGGUGUCUUCUAAUGCAGUACUAAUAUGUGAAUAGUUCGCCUUCUUCGAGGCGUUAUGGGAGGUGAGCUUGACUAAUCUCUCGCCCCAAACAUAUAACUUGAUAAAUAACAAUUCUCCAGGCGGGCAUCACCCAUUGCUUUGUCAAUCUAGGCUCCGAUCACCCCUCCAUCCUAGAGGCGAUGGUAAAAGGACAACAAGAGAAUGAUGGCCAAUUCCCACGAAUAAUCACAUGUCCCAACGAGGUACGGCAUUCCAUCAAAAGCUCUUUGAACCACGUGGGAACUAAAACCAUCGAAAUAGAUGGUAGCUCUUUCCAUGGCCGACGGCUUCGCCCGUCUCACCCGCAAACCGCAAUGCGUAAUAGUCCACGUAGACGUAGGAACGCAAGGGCUGGGAGCCGCAAUCCACAACGCCUCAUGCGGACGAGCCCCCGUCCUGAUAUUCGCGGGUAUCUCCCCCUUCACGAUAGAAGGCGAGAUGCGAGGUUCGAGAACCGAGUACAUCCAUUGGAUCCAGAUGUUCCCAAUCAGCAGGAAAUCGUGA